GAGGCGCGUGAGGCGUGAGUUGUCCACGCGGAAGUUUCAAAGUUGUACAGACAGACAGCAUAAUCUUCAAACGCACAACCAAAGAAUAAUAACCCAACUUUUAUACUACUGUAAACCAACGCAACUCAGUGAUCGUAUAAAGCAAACAAAUUGAAUUGAAUAGCGUUCUCUUGAUUCUCAUCUUCUCUUGUUGUUAAAUACAUAAACACAAACAGCGAUGAAGAUAACGGCGUUACUGGUACUUCGAUGCGACCAGUCGGGUUCGGAUCCAGUGAUCUUAGCCAACGCCACCGAUGUGAGCCACUUCGGUUACUUUCAGCGCUCCAGCAUCAAGGAGUUCAUCGUCUUCGUCGGUCGCACCGUCGCUAGUCGCACUCCUCCCAAUCAACGCCAGUCUGUUCAACACGAAGAGUACAAGGUGCAUGCUUAUAAUAGAAAUGGUCUCUGUGUCUUGGGAUUCAUGGAUGAUCAUUACCCAGUCCGUAGUGCAUUUUCUUUGCUGAAUCAGCUAAUAGAUGAGUACCAGAAGAAUUUUGGAGAGUCCUGGCGAACUGUGCAAGCAGAUAAUGCACAACCGUGGCCCUAUCUGAAUGAAGCUUUGACCAAAUUUCAGGACCCUGCCGAGGCUGACAAGCUGCUGAAAAUUCAAAGAGAACUGGAUGAAACAAAAAUUAUACUUCACAAGACCAUUGACAGUGUUCUUGCUCGAGGAGAGAAGCUGGACAGUUUAGUUGAGAAAAGCUCAGAUCUUAGUGCAGCUUCCCAGAUGUUCUACAAGCAGGCCAAGAAAACCAAUCAAUGCUGUACAAUACUGUAAAAGCUUUGCAACCACGUGUAUCUUAUAUACUUUCGUUUGUGAUGGAUGAUCCUUCCACGUAAUCAUUGUUUAUAUAUCAUGUUAUAAAUUUGAUACAAGUCCAAGAGUUCCUUUGCUUGGGAGAUUUGACAGCAGAAUACUAGUAUUAUGGACUAUGUUUUCUGA